AUGACCGAGCGGCUGCCGCAGCUCGCCCUGGCGCGCGUGGCCGAGCUCGAGCUCCCGUCGGACGGCGGGCGCCGCACGAGCGCCAGCAGCACCACGAGCAACAGCGACCUGGAGCGUCUGCACGAGGAGCUGCGGCUCGAGAUCAAGCCCCAGCGCCUGCAGCGCCAGCACACGCUCAACGUGCCGCCUUUCAGCGCCGGCGGGGGCCCCAUGGCCCUCAGCGGGCUCCUGGACGCCGCGCCGGACAGGCUCGAGGACGUGCUGAGUCGCUGGGAGAAGAACCAGACGUUCGACGUGACGUUCGGCGACGGCUUCCUGGGGCUCGAGUUCGUGUUCGACGCGCUGCGCAACAAGAUCGUGAUCAAGAGCGUGCAGCCCGAGAGGUGGACGGCCGUCGUCAUGCACAUCCCGCCGGGCAUGACCAUCACAAGGGGCCUCUCGGUGGAGGCCGUGAACGGCCGCGACGUGAGCGCCAUGUCCCCCGAGGACGUGCUGGACAACCUGCAGUUCAGCAAGCGCCCCAUGACCGUGACGUUCCGACGCGUCAACAAGACGGCGGUCGUGUGCAAGCUCUGCGAGACCAAAGUGGACGCCAACAGUCUGGAUGAGCAUACUAACUACUGUGUCCUGUCCAAGAGGGUGGAGCUCGAGGCCGACGUGAUCAACAACUCGCUGGUCAAGCUCACGGCCUCCAUCACCGCCAUGCUCGCGGCGGAGGGCAUGCGGCCCAUGUUCAACCAGGAGGAGAUGCACAUCUACCAUGCUCUGCGCGUGGUGGCGAUCCAGGCUUCAACGUGUGAUGUGGCCAGUGUGGAUGCGUUCGCGCUGUGCUCUCGACUGGUGAAAAUCAUUGACCGAAUACGACAACAGGAGGUGGAGACGGCCAACUUCGCCGUCGAGCGCGGGGUCAAGUACUGCACCAAGCUGCGCAACUUGAUCCACGCCAAGAUGAGCAAGAUGCGUGCGUCACACAAGGUAAUGUUCCAACAGGGCUUGGUGGAAGUGGAACGGCUGCCGCUGAAGCGGACCAAGUCGGCGGAAGACAUCGAGAGCUUCGAUGGACUCCGAGCACCACGUCGUACGAGUAUCAAACCGGCUUCCUAUCGGGUUUCGAUCCGUGAUUUCCAGAUUGUAAAACCGAUAUCAAAGGGCGCUUUCGGUAAAGUGUAUCUCGCACGGAAGAAGACGACGGGGGACCAAUAUGCUAUAAAGGUGCUCGCGAAAGAGCACCUACUGCGCAAAAAGCAGAUCCAGCAGAUUGAAACAGAGAGGAACAUUCUAGCCAGCGUGGUGAGCCCAUUCCUUGUGAAGCUGUUCUGGACGUUCCAAACCAAGCGCAGCCUGUUUUUGGUGAUGGAGUAUCUUCCUGGUGGUGAUUUCAUGUCGUUGCUGGAGUGCAUUGUGCAGCUGGAAGAGCAGGUGGCAUGCGUCUACAUCGCAGAGAUCGCGAUUGCACUAAAUCAUCUGCAUACCAAGGGCUGUGUCCACAGAGAUCUCAAGCCCGACAACAUUUUGCUGUCUUCAACUGGCCAUAUUAAGCUGACUGAUUUCGGCUUGUCCGAGGAAGCUGUGGCAAUCAGUGACACCGAUUCUGAACCCGACGAUGAAUCAAUGACCCAGGACUCGGACGUGCUGGCUGGCAUUCCACUCCCGCUAGGUGCGCCGUCUGCUGUGCCAUCACCCAGUCGCCCGCGUCACGCCUCGUCAUCCAGAAGGAGCUCUCGAAAGAAGUCUGCCUAUCACACGUAUGGGCGAUGUGGCACUCCAGAUUACCUGGCACCUGAAAUCAUCCUUGGCGUCCCGCACGGCCCGCCUGUUGAUUACUGGGCACUAGGGAUCAUCCUCUACGAAAUGCUGGUUGGUUUCCCUCCGUUCAAUGACGACACUGUGGAUGCGAUCUUUGAGAACAUUCUGGACCGGCAAAUCCUGUGGCCCGACGGCGAGAAGUGCUUGUCACUUGAAGCAAUGGAUUUGAUAGACAAGCUGCUUGAUCCCGACCCGGCAACCCGAAUGGGCUGGGACAACAUCAAGCUGCAUCCGUUUUUCGAGGGCAUCAACUGGGAUACGAUUUUGGAGUCGGUGCCUCCGUUCGUACCAACGCUAGAGGGGCCGAACGACACGAGCUAUUUCAACAACCGUAACCUCACGGACAUCUUCAUCGAUGACGACGAGUUCGACGUUGACUGUCGCUCUGCAAGCAGCAGCCAGAACAACAUCGACUCUGGCCCCGAAAGCGACGAUCAACCGCAGAGUCCGUCUGAUCCGAAAGUAGAAGACGACGCAAAUAACAAGGCAAGCACCACGUCCGCAGGCACAGCGGAUGUUGACAUAUCCUGGGGCACUGCAGGGGCACCAGGCGCGCUGGAAGGUAUGAGUGCUACGUACGAUGACCACAUGGGAGACGGGUUGGCGGAAGAUAACAACAGUCACUACCGGUUCCCUAGUGGCAUGUACGGUAGCCCAGACGAUUCGAAUCUCUCAGAUGCCUUCAGGUCUUUCAGCUUCACCAACAUGAAUGCACUUGCCGCUGCAUCGCAAGCAGAGGCCGAAAUGAUCACAGACCCGGACCAGCAGUCUGUUGCAACCGCUUCCGGUCCGUCCAUCCUGAUCUAGCCGAGUUUCGAGACUUCGACGAUGCCCCCCCCCCUACAGCCAUCUUCGUGACCAAGAUAGGUAACUUCCAUCGUCAUCAUCUACCUGUGAGCUCGUCAGCGUAAAGAUUAUUAGUAAUAAACUGUAAGAACACCGUGACCUUGAUU